AUGAAGACCAUAGGCAAACCCUCAACUUUGAGACAACCCCCAUUUCGGAGGCAGAGCCGCCUCGAUGACGUUGCUAAGGAGGCAGACCUCUACGGCUCGGAAUGGGGAGUUCGACUUCGGGCAGAUACAGUAGCCGACGAUCGUCGCUGUGAUCUUGGUUUAUUUAGGGGUUAUGGUCUUUUCUGGUUUCUGAGAAAGGUGCAUCGUAUAAGGGGUCUACAGGUAAGGUUCUGGGGCUUAGGGCCAGUGGUCUUCCACUGCGCUUCUUUUGUGCACGCUGCAGCCCUGGCGGUGCGUGGCCUCGUGCAGGUUGCCGAGCUGGUGUCGCAAGUGUCGCUGGUCGUGGAGAAGCCUGGGAAGGAACAGCCUUCCACCCAUCCAGCAGAGUUGGACAAGAUUCUGGAGCGGGCAGCAGAAAUCCAGCAGACUUCCAGGCUUUCCGAUCAGGACCUGGAGGGCAGCAACUGGCCUUUUCAAGAGCUGAAGCUGAUCCGGGAAUUGGUGACGCGCCUCGAGAAAUGGAAGAGUUGUGAGGCCUCCGCGAAGCAGGCCAUGGGUGCUCAGAGCCCAAAGCAAGAUCCUUCCCUCAACGAGGUGGUCACCAUCUUGGAGCAGGCUUUUACGGCGUGGCGGGAGCUCACCCAGGCUGCUGCGGAGAAAACGCAUUCGCUGAAUGGUCUGAAUGGCCGGGCUCCCUCCCGUUUUCGCGAGAUGGCUGCGUUGCUCCCCAAGUCCGAGUUUUCGGCACUUGGUACCGCCUUCGUGGAGACAGAGCUCGCGAAUGCCAAGAAGAAGUUCGAUGAGGCACAGACGAAUCGUCAACUAGCAAUAUCCCGAGUGCAGCAGCAUGAGGCAGACUGCCUUGCAGAGGAGCGUCACUGGAUGGACAUACAAAGCAGAGAAAGAAGACGAGAUGAGGCUGCCCGCCGUAUUCAGAAAUGGUGGGUGCGCGUGGUCAUGUACGGUACGAAGUCCUUUCCGUUGAAUGAGAUCUUAGAGCAUCACCGGCUGCUUCGCGCCCGGCAGUGUCUAGGGGAAAACCUCCUGGAUCUGCGGCGCUGUGUGCAUGAUUUGCAUAUCGAAGAAGCCGAUCGUGAAAACUCAUGCGUUCGGAUUCAAAGGUGGUGGCGCAAAGUGCUGGCCAAGAGGAUUAUGAAGAUCAUUGCCAUGUAUGGCAAGGUAGCCAAAAUGAGGGACAUGGUGGAAGGAGCCGCUGCCAAGAUACAAGCGAUCGUCAGGGCCAACAGAGCUCGCCGAGAAGUUACUGUGCUACGUGAAACGCGGAGGGUGGCUGAAGAAGAGGCUGAAAGACGGCUGGAGCAAAUCAAGAUGCAGGCAAUUGUAAGCAUCCAGAACACCUAUCGCAAGAGUGUGGCUGUGAAACAGGUUCAGCGACUGAGAGCCAGAAUGUUUGCAGCUAUGAUGUCGCAAGGUGGUUCAGAUGUGGAUAUGCCGCCUCACAUGAAGAACAAGCUACAGCCUUUGUCACGCUCCUCCUGGCUGAAAGGUACACCGAAGGCGACUGCCAAGAAGAAGCGCGAAAAGUACAGCAGCUAG